GAAGAAGAAGACGAACAAAACUCCCUAUCAUAGCCCCAUACAUCUAUGAUGCUAGCCAAUAUCGACGUUCAAACUCAUGCUUCUCUUGAACAAAGUCCGACACACACUACGAGGGGCUUGAUUGGACAGAUUCAUGUUUUUGAGCAGGCAUGAUGAUCUGGCGCUGAUCUUGAAAACUAGCAUGACGCAUAAAACUGAAAAUGGUUCAUAUAAUUGUGCAUGGCAGUGAUGUGGACACAGAGAUUGCUCGCUGACCUAUGCAUGGUCACAGUUUUCACAGGUGCACUUGACACGUCAUUUACUAACUGUUGGCCUACACUCCUUUCAUCAUCAUUGCUGCUGACAGAGUCUGCUUUAGCAUCCUCUCUCUGUGGACUACCCAGCCGGCUCCCACCAAGUUCAACUGGCACUGGAAGCAACAGUUCUUCAUACACACUAAGAAGCAUUUUCUGGCAAGUAGCAGAGUAG